UUGGAUAAGCAGAUAAGCAAAAUGAUGUAACACAAAAACUCUGCUGAUCAAACAAAUCCUCUCACUCUCAGCAAGAUGGAAACUUUGGGUCUUCAUCUCUCUCCCACCAUCGCUCUAAACCGGCCCACUAAAUGGAAAUAUCUUUCUGGCUUUACGCCGCUGCCGAUUGCCACACCUCCGUCUUUCUCGAACACCAGUAUUCGCCGCAAUGGUGUGACGAGAAUGCAAGUGGUUGAAGAGGAAUACGAGGUGAAGCAGAUGAGGGAUAUGGCAGCUGCUAAAAAAAGAUGGGAGGCUCUGGUUAGGGAAGGGAAAGUUAAAGUUCUAACUCCAAAAGAAGCUGGAUAUGCUAUUCAACUCUCAGAUAAAACCUUGCUUGAUGUUCGUCCCUCGAUUGAGCGUCAGAAGGCAUGGGUAAAAGGCUCGACAUGGAUUCCUAUAUUCGAUGUUGACGAUAGCUUGGAUGCUGGCACUCUUUCAAGGAAGAUCACGGGAUUUAUGAUGGGAGGAUGGUGGAGCGGCGUUCCUACUCUAUCUCUCAAUAAAGAUUUCUUGUCGAAAGUGGCGGAGAAAUACCCAAGAGAUAAAGAUCUUAUCCUGGCAUGCCAGAAGGGCUUAAGAUCCCUCGCAGCUUGUGAAUUAUUGUAUAAUGCUGGAUACGAAAACCUUUUCUGGGUUCAAGGAGGUUUGGAGGCCGCUGAAGAAGAGGAUCUCGAAAGGGAAGGGCCACAGCCCUUUAAGUUAGCAGGAAUUGGUGGGCUUUCGGAAUUUCUCGGUUGGACUGAUCAACAGAGAAUUGCAUCUGCCAAGGAAGGCUGGGGUUAUCGACUAGUUUUCUCUGCUCGUUUGCUCGGACUCAUUCUUGCAGCGGAUGCAUUGUUUAUCGGAGCUCAACAAUUCGGCCGUUAUCUCGAGAACUUGAGGUCCCAGUAGUGGCUGAAACUAUUUAGCUCUUGCAGCAGUAGGAAUGAGAAAAUUGGAGUUAGCGUUUAAUAAAUAUUUUGGAGUAGAAGAAAUGUGGAGUAAAAAUACUACUCAAGUUUGUGUAUAUUUUGGCUUUGUAGAAGGUGGUGAAGUGAGGCGUAUGUUUUGAUUGUGUAAAAAAGAAAAUCUACUACUACUAUUUUCUUCA